CCUCCAGCUGCCCUCACACCCCUCAUGAGACCAAGUCUGUCUCAUGAGGUCAGCCUGUUCUGCAGCAGCGCAGCCGGAGGAACCACACGGUGCAACGCAAAUGAAUGACGGAGCUACACAGUCAUUUCUAGCGCGGGACAGUCUGCUUCUCUCUCUUUCUGUUGACCAAUCCUGGCGCAGCGGCGGAGCGACACACCUGUAUAAAAGCGGAUUCCAGAUGGGGAUGUUCUGCGGGGCGCGUGUUGCGCGUUUUUAAAGAUGGACGAGCUCUUUAACCAAAGCGCAGCGCCGAACCAAAGUUCAGCUGGAGAUGACAAGUUCACAUUCGAGGACAUCGACGUGAGCGCGGACGGCUCUCCCAUCCUGAGGAUAUUCAUAUCGGUGGUGUACUCGGUGGUGUGCGCCAUCGGCUUGGUGGGGAACCUCCUCGUGUUCUUUCUCAUGAGGGUGCGACAGGGUCGCAAGAGAUCCACUAUAAAUGUGUUCAUCACCAACUUGGCAGUGACGGACUUCCAGUUCGUCCUCACGCUGCCCUUCUGGGCCGUGGACACCGCGCUGGACUUCAGCUGGCCUUUUGGAGGCGCGAUGUGCAAGAUCGUCCUGUCGGUCACCGUCAUGAACAUGUACGCCAGCGUCUUCUUCCUCACCGCCAUGAGCGUGACCCGCUACCUGUCCGUGGCUUCAGCCCUGAAGAAAAGGUCUUACAGAAGGUCACGGUGCGUCAAGUGGGUGUGCGCGGUGCUGUGGCUGGCCGCCACCGCGGCCACGGCUCCCACGGCCGUCUUCUCCACUGUGACGGUGGUCGCCGGAGAAAAGCUGUGCCUCCUUAGGUUUCCGGAGGGACACGACUGGCUGGCCCUUUACCACAUCCAGAAAAUACUGAUUGCUUUCGUCAUCCCGAUGUUCAUCGUUUGUGUCAAUUACAUGAUGCUCCUGCGCUUCGUCAGGCGGAAAAGCAUGGACGGCAGCAACCCCAAACGGAGAUCCAGGGUCACCAAGUCUGUCGCCAUUGUCGUUUUGUCCUUCUUCUGCUGCUGGAUGCCAAACCACGCCAUCACCUUCUGGGGCGUCUUGGUGAAAUUUAACGCGGCCAACUGGGACACGUCCUACUACACGGUGCACACGUACGUGUUCCCGGUCACGGUGUGCUUGGCACACACAAACAGCUGCUUGAACCCCAUCCUUUACUGCCUGAUGAGGCCGGAGAUCAGGAAGAUGCUGAGCGGCCUUUUUUGGAGAGUCUCCAGUCCCACUCAGAGCAAGGCUUGCGCGACGCGCUCCGUUACGCACAUAGAAACCCAGGGAGUGGUGCCCCUCCAGAUCAUUGACAACACGGAGUACACGCUGUCCAUCAUAGAUCGUAAAGGUUCAUCAAGUUCUAAGUCAAUCCCAUACACCCACUGAAUAAAAAAAAAAAAACUGCCUUUACUUAUUUAUUUAAUUUUAUUUUUUGCUCCGUCAGCUGGCAUUGCUCGUGCGUAAUGUGUUCACAAGUCUGAAAAUCACUAUAUUCUAUGUACUACGAGUCACAUGGAAUGAUCAUUCCGUGUGAAAACUAUAAAACGGUUGACCCAUUCUGUGAUUUUUCUGAGAUUAAUCUUUUCACGCUAUAAGUGACAAAAGGACUGGGACAGGACGGGUCAGCCCGGCCACAUGGAGAGGCGGAGAUAUUCACUGUCGGGCCCUAAAAUAUGAAAAAGUUUUUUGUUUUUUGUUUUUUUGUUUUUUUGCCACGAUAUUCACCAUGUAAAGCCUGACUGUAAAUAAAUUGCUUUUCCAUCAGAGGAAAA